AUGGCAAGAACAGCAAGAAGACAACUCGAAGGUUGGAGAUUACCGGGGCUUUUAUUUUCCAAAGGCCCUUUUUGAGGGGCUUAUUUUUGGAGGGGCUUAUAAACGGAGGGAAGUUUGCGUUUCAAAAUCGGCUGGGCUUAUACUUGGAAGGAAAUUUGCGUCUCAAAAUCGAUUGGGCUAGCUUAUAGUUGAAAGGAAAUUUACGUCAGUAAUUUGCAGAAAGUUUUUACUGAAACUCGCCUUGAGGACGUAGACCUUUCUAAAACGUGGCCCUACAAAUACUUUGUCCAUAUGGACCGAGGAAAUCAAGGCCAAAAGUGAAGAGGAACCACGCAAACAGCAAUUAACUUUGACACUUUCUGACUACAAACACUUGGCAGACAUGAAAUAGUUCUUUGGCAAAUACAAAAAUUUAUAUGUUACUGUACCGUUUUUGCUUAUUUUGUAUUUGAGGGCACUUUCCAAGUACAAGCCCCCAGGGGCUUAUAUUCGGAGGGGCGAUUUAACGGAGGGUUUUUUGCGUUACGAGUUUGAGGGGCUUAUAUCUGGAGGGGCUUAUUUUCGGAACUUUACGGUAUUUGCGGAGCUGAACAACCCUAAACGUGCACUAUCGAUGACGAACUUAACAUCGAUGAAGGUAAGCAUGUUUUAGCUAUGUUUUUAAACUAGGAAUUAUUUUGAAUGAAUAAUAAAACAAUUAUUGAAUUCGGCUUUCGUAUAAUAUGAAGAAUUAUGGAGAUCGAGGAGGGUGUUAUCGAUAACACCACGAUAACACCUACCUCGAUCUCCAUAAUUCUUCAUAAGAUACUCAGCCUCAUUCAUAAUUGUUAAAUAAUUUGCAAAAAGUUCAACUUGUUGCUAAACAAAACCAUAGUCCCCUGAGAUCGGUAUUUUUCCAUCCGCUUUCCGCCGUCUGCAAGUAUCUGAUCCUCGUUUUAAGGAAUCCCCGGUUUCAACCUUACGGUUUGCAAUGAUACCUUUUUUUGUAAUUUAUGUCAUGUUCAUUCCCACGUUCUUUUUCGAACCUAAUAGCUUCUGCGCAACGUACUAGUUUUUACAUUCAGCGAAAUUCACUACUUUCAGACAUAAUUGUUUACCCUGGGUACCAGACCUUUUUCUCGCAUGCAGCGGGAAUUUUCGGUGUUGUUCGCGCGGGUCACUAUAAAGACUUGACAGAAACCGGAAACCGCGCUUGAAAACUCUCUGGCACCCAGGGUAAUAAUUGUUUUGCCCUCUCUAAGUUUUUUGAAGGGAAAUUAAAGACCGGCCUUUGUUCUAUUGGCAAGCAAGACACGGAACUCUUUCUGUUGGCCAGAACCUCUUUAGAACCUCUAAUCUGAUAGGUUCUUGUUGGCCCGAAGCUCUAUUGUUUCAGAGUUUGGGUUCAUUGUUAGUUUUGAUUGGGUUAGGGCUAUCUAUUGUUUUCUAAACCAAUCCUGUGAGCCGUACUUAGAGCUUCCGGCCCACCCAACUCUUUGCGCGAUGUUACACGCGUUGCGGGUAAUCAAAAUUAUAAUGGCAUUCAGUAAACAAGACUGUUCCCAGUCCCCUAUUUUUUCGUAAGAUCGUUUUAAUAUAUCACAUUACCUUAAAAACCCUGUCGUAGUAAAGUCGACAGUAAACAGGCCAAAUAUCAAGUUAUGUGUUGGUGAUUAUGACUUCAAAGUGGAAAAAUCAAGGAAACGAAAAGAAAAGAAAACGGGUUUGGCGGAGGAUGAUGACAGAAAAUCUAACCAGGACAAAUGCAGCGAACGCACAGAGAUCCAAUCCACCUCGAAAGAGCCGAAAGGAGACAAAACAUUAAACAAAAACGGUAAUUAUCGAGGCAGCUUGGCUGGACGGUUAAAACGCCAGCUUGAUUUUUUAAAGUCUUUCAGUGGACAGUCGUGGGCUUUUUUAAAAUAGCCAACAAAUUUGUCUUUUGUCAGCUGGGAUAGGAAAAGGGAAGUUAAACCAAAAAAAAUAUGAUCUGUUCAAAUAAGGAACUAAUUUGACUGAAAUUACAGUUCUAGGCUUGAUUUCGUGUUCAGGUGGGAACAACGUUUUAUUUCCCAAAAAGUUGUCACACCAAUUGAUUUAUUGCUUUUGCACUGAGUAUUUGCGAUAUACUUAAAGAUGCGGGUAUAAAACGUUGACCAACUCCUAUAAAAUUGGAUUUCAGAGGCAGGCAAAUCUUUCAUUUUUUUGGUUUAUUUUACUUAUGUUGGAUUUGUUUAGCGCCACCUUCAAAAUGGAAAAAGGUACUUGAAAAGAUUAUCGACAUGGCCGACGGUCAGUACUAUAUUGUCUUUAUGGAUUUCGUGGCGAACGUAAAGGAGGCACACACUUGUAUGGUCGAAGAACUUAAGCACACUUGCCUAAAGUGUCAUGGCAAAGGAAUGAACGAAGAAGAGAAACUACAGACAAUGUCCAAGUUCAGGUGUGAUUUGUGAAACAACACCCCUACUCAUUUAGCAAGAAAUAACAACAACAAAAACCACUACUACUACUACUACUACUGCCACUGCCACUGCCACUGUCAAUUAGCGAUACUGUUAUAAUUUAAAAAGCGCUCUCAAUUGUCUUGUUUUCUACCAUGGAGAUAUCAUGGUGCGAAAAAAAUAGAAGAGGACCAUCAUUCUUAGCUGAUGGUCAGCAACUUUUUUUACAGGAAUCUCGAGAGUCAGUUUCUCGUAGCGUCCGAAGCGUACCAGGUAGGGACGCACGAUGACCACGUAAAUCUAGUGUGCAGGAUUGGAUGCCCACGAACCCGUAUUGGAUGGAUACACGAGUUUGGUCGAGCAGGACGGAAUGGGGAAAUUGCUAAUGGUAAGCUUUGACGGCUAUUUUGAAACAAUCUUGAGAUUCGAAGAAAAAAGCAAAAAGCCGCUAAAGUAUAAAUAUAGGACGCAGAAAUUACAUGUAUGAGGCCACAAGCUUUUACCCUGUUCAUAAGAACGCCUAUCUUUCACUUGUUGGACUUAAAUAAAUAAAGAGCUUACCGCCAUGGAUCAUGAGAGGAUUCGAUGAGCCAUUAGCUCCAAGCCUUGGCAAAGUUAAUAUGUAAAUAUCAGUACAACAAAUAGCGGAGUUCUGGCGUGCGAAGCACCAUGGGUAAGAAAAUCUACCCAUCCCAGGAAAUUUGCUAAUCAAGUGACCGUACACCGCCCGGCCUCAACAGUCUAUUUGUUCAACUAUUGCCUUUACAUAUAGUUUUUUUUACGUCUGAACAGGUAUAAUCUAUUGUAACGAGUUCAGAGAUGAUCGGCGCCUCAUAACGUGGCUCAGAGGUGUGGAUUCAGUAGAAAAAGAGCAAAUCAUGCGUCAAUAUGCAGAAUCGUGGAGGUAAGCUAGAUUACCUUUAAAAUAGGAGUUUCUAUUGUCGAAGAAGAAUGAAUUAUUAGAUCUUUGGCACAUAUAGAUAUGGGACUUUUAAUUCAAAUAUUAAUAUUAAUUUUUUUAAAAACAAACGAAAGUCUCCUUUGUGGGUAAGCAGGUGUUUCAUUGGAAAUUAAUCAGUUGCGUAUCUAAACACGCCUUUUUUUCUUAUAAAUAAGUAAGUAUUCGGGAAGGGUAGCUAUUAUAACAUUAUUUUUUGGUUUAAAUCAUUUAGAUAUGUUUACUGCACAUUGACGGGUGAAUGCAUGAGGGCCUUUCUUACGGGUUGGUUUGGAGAAGACCCAGACCUGCCACUAGAAUACAAGGAAACUUGCGGUGAGUCAUGUGAUUCAAACGUAGACAAUGAUUACAACGUCAAAGAUGAUUUCCUGUUGCUGUUAGAGGUGGUUGGUCAACUCAGAGAACACAGCAGUGAAACAAAGGUGAGUGAAAAGGGGUCAUCUCAGUUAAUCACCCUUAAAAAAAUAAUAUGGAAUCUUCGCCGUCAGAGUGAGUGUCUGCGUAAGUAAGAAACUCUUAAACAAUUCAUGUGGAUAGGCGGCCGGGGGGUACCCCCGCGAAUUUUGGAUAGGGGUGGGCCGCGAAGGUUCGUGAACCCUAACACUAUUUAAGGACUAAGAUAACGAAAACUGAUACCGUCUUUAAGGCCGAAAGCCGAAAAAUGACACCCUAUUCAAGGAAAAAACAAAAUUAUUAAUAGCAUGAAAAGGAAAACUUUAAAAAAAAUGUUCGUUCAGGCGGGCGUUUUUACACUCCAGCGUUAGAUAAUACAAAUAAGCUACCCUAUCUAAGGACCACACCAGGGACACAGAGACAAAAGGGUCAAAAAAGAUACCCUAUUUAAGGACCGAGAGCCUCAAAAACCAUACACUAUUCCGCGGCACGUACCUAUAUAGCCCAUAUAUGGGAGUACCCCCCCCCCCGGGGAUAGGCAUUCAUAAAUUACAAAAUGGACAAGUAGCUAGCUGUCUUAAUUAAGCGCCCUUGAACCGAUAAUUUUAGGCUUUUAUGAUAUGUUGUCAGUACAAACGAAAGAUAAUCCCCAAUUUCUUAUCAAUUUUCUUCUAUGUCUGAGUAACAAAGGAAACUCCCUGCUUCAUGUCAUAUGCCUCCAUAAAAAAGAAAAACAAAUCAAACUAACAAACUAACAAAAACUGGCAAACCAGCAAACAUUUCUAUACGUUGCUUGCGUUUAUUAUGUUUAAAUCCACUUUUCGAUCUAUUUUAGAUAAUUAACUGGCUGAGAGGAUCGGCAACAGCUUCUAAAGACGGCGGAAUGCGGAUAUUGUCUCACGAGUCUCAAUCAUUCGGAAAAGGGAUCGGGAGGAGCAUUGCUGAAUGGAGCAGAAUCUUGCGUCAAGCCGUUGGAAACGCCACGCCAAGCCAAGUCCCCGAAAGUUGCCGAUCUCUGUUGUCAAAGAUUUACAACAGGCAUUACUGUUGGACCCUUCCAAAAAGGCAAAGGAUCUACAGAAAGGUAUCCCAUCAUAAAUCGUUAUUGCUUUAUCGUACCAUAUACGAAUUAUACCUGUAGGUAUUUGAACCCAAACACCUUUAUAAAGUACUUUAGUUACUGGACCCUUUAGACCACUAGGUGACGAACUGUUUUUGAUUGAACUUACAGGACACGGUAUUUCUUAUGUUCCUGUCGAAAGAAGUAUUGUUGCUGCCAAUAUAGAUAAAGUAAGGAGGGUGAGAAAUGUCGCUUUAAAAGGUUCUGGAAGUGUUGACGGAGAAGUUCACUUGAUGAGGAAAAUCAUCAAUUUUUAAAAAGAAAUCCAACAAGAGGUGGACAAACCGGUACACAAAGCACGUAAGUACAACUAUAAGGUUUAGCAAAUGCUGACAUGAUAAACGGGGUUUUCUUUUUAACCCGGGAUAUGACAGAUAUGACUGGUAAAUACUCUGGCAGACUUACCAGUCAAAUAAUUUCUCCGCUAAUAUAUUUUUAAUAUUUUGAUUUAAUAUAAAUUAAAUUAUAUGAUCGCAUAAAAAUGUGGUAUAUCUCUUAAAGAAAAGCUUUAAAAGUUUAAGAAGUAAAUUAUCAUUACACAAUUUCAAAGAAAAAAUUGAAAAAAUAAAAUAAAAUAAAAUAAACCUAAUUUGAAACCCCUUCGAAAAUAGUCUAUUUUACAGACUAUGAAAAGGCAGAUGAAAAGCCAGACAGUCUCCACAUUUAUAAAACUCUGAACGCAACUUAUUAUUAUCAUUUUUUUUUUGGACUGUCCAAGCCAUCCCAAGAAAAAGGAUGCGUUAAUUUUUUGAGAAACUUCUAAUAAAAGCAAACUUAUCUCUUUAUUUACUUCUUUCUUUAUUCAAAUACCGUAAAAUUCCAAAAAUAAGCCCAGGGGAUUAUAUUUAUCAAAGGCCCUUUUUGAGGGGCUUAUUUUUGGAGGGGCUCAUAUUCGGAUGGGCUUAUCUACGGAGGGAAAUUUGCGUUUCAAAAUCGAUUGGGCUAGCCUUAUAGCAGGAAGUAAAUUUACCGUUUUUGCUUUGUUUUACUUUGUAUUUAUUUUUGAAGGGGCUUAUUCACGGAGGGGCUUAUUUUCGGAAUUUUACGGUAACUAAAACCCAACUGCCCCACCUCUCCCAGCCAAUUUCAUUGUUCAAGUUUUUUUUGUUGUCGUUGUUGUCAUUUUCGUUCCAAAAGAGACUUUCAGAAUAUUGGUAUAUGUCUAUUACUAUUUGUUAUUUUCAACAGACGAGUCCACGAAUGCAGAAAUGGCAGAGAGAAUCAAAGGUCUCUCGCUUCCCUAUCCUAUGAGGAAAACACCCUUCAUAUUUUCUGGAGACUUUCGAGCUGCUUUCUUUAUGAAUCCCCACCAGGCCCGUUUGUUUGCUUCAGGUGAACAUUUAAACGUCGAUUUGACAUUUACUGGGAAUAGCUACAUGCCAUACUUGAUUAAUGUAUUGACGUUUGACCUCGACACAUUGCAGUGUGAGUAUACGUAUAGCUACAUCUUCGGGUGUACAAGGCGCUAACCGCGCUUUUGCAUUGAAAUGACAAAACUAUUAUUCCGUUACUUUUUUAGUAGAUUGGAAUAAAGUUGUUGUUGUUGUUGCUGACAAGAAACGAUAGCUAACCAGAUACAUAUACGGCUGAUAUUCUCUUAGUUUGCAUACCGUUAUGACAAAAAAUAUAUUACCUUACACUCGAAUAAAAUAUACCCUGUAACAGGGUAAAUUCACCAUUUCACAUAGAUCAUAAUGCAUCUAGUUACCCUUCCCCCCCCCCAAUUUUGCAAGACCAUUGUUUUCAAUUUCUCCUGGGUAUUACAGUCCUCCCAAAUAAAAAUUGAAGACAAUGGGUAUGCAAAAUUUGGGGGGUAAACACGGUGCAUUCUGGCCUAUGUGAAAAAAGUGAAUGGUCAAGCGACAAAUGCAUAUAGGUAUAACUGUAAUGUUAGAAAUAUAAGCGUAAUUCAUUUCACGUUCUCUCUCUUCAUGCAGGGACUCCCGUAGCACGAUGUCUUUUAAACAAACAGAAUGGAGAACCCCAUGGGAAAGAUUUUAGUGAAAUUUUCUCCUCAGUCAACCAACAAUAUGAAUAUUUUAACAAUGGAGAAAGGAUCGAAGCGAUUACGGUUGAUUUUUCUGACGCCGAAGUUAACGGACUCGAAGAGCCCCUCGGAAAGGAUAUGACGAGUAAAAUUCUUCGUGGGUGCAAGGUGAACUUGAUUAGUUUCAUUGAAACCCAAAUCAACUUUGUUUUCCCUUCACCGGUCCCACACGCCCGAGAUAACGUGUAAACAUAAAAUUUAAUUUUAGACAUUCCAAACAUAUAUCAUUGCCACAACAAUGUUAAUGCAAAAAUAAAAUAAGUACAAAAUUGUGGUCAAUGUCCAACAAACAUAUAAUUAUGUUAUAUUAUUUUCGUUAGGCAAUUUUGAAGGACUAGGGUAUCUUCAGUUAGCUCCAUCAUAGUCGAAUCGUCUACUUCCAAUCAGAAGUUCACUAGUAUUUAUUAAUAAACAAAUGAAUUGUAUUUUUCCUCGGAGAAAGGAACGAAAAAAAAAAAAAAAAAAAGAACAAACAAACAAACCAAUUUUUUUUGGUUUUGUUUUGUUUUCAGGUACAUUGGUCACGUUCAUACAAGAGGGUAAGCCACCCUGUCUGCUCAAAUAAAGAUGAGAUAACAACCUUCCAGCACCUGGCGUAGAAAAUAGAAGAUGUAAAGAAGAAGGAAGAAGUUCUCCUGCUUUUCGACGUUUUGGCGGGUCAAAAGCACGUCAGCAGUGCGGCAGCUUUCAUAACUGAUAAAAAUUAAGAGAGGGAACACAAUUGAUAACUAAUUCCUCCUGGAAGAAAGCAAAGGCCUGGAAGGAAUGGUGGACCAGAGAGAGGCAUUUAUGUAAGCACUAAUUUUUUUCAUUGAUAUGCUAAAACAAAAAAAAUCUGUACACUUUCAUCUGUACACGCCAACAUCAAUGGAAAUUUUUAAUUAUCUUCACUUACUCUGUUGGAAAAGGCCAGAAAAGCUUCAUCUACAGACAGAGAAUGAGGAAAGGCGUCACAUUCUCUUUUAAAUCUAUUUUAGAGUUUAAAACAUUUCAAUUUCCUGUUUAUUAGGCAUGUUUACAACUGCUUUUACUCUCAUGGAUGAGGAGCAUGAUGGGAUCAUGCUACUGCAAAGACGAAAUCAAAAGUACGUAGUUAUUGCUAAAAUUAGUUACUUUUCAGUGCUAUUGGGAUUACUGUAAAGUUGAAUUCAGGAAUUAGAUGAAAGGGCCUUUACACAAGACAAGUCAAGAAAUUUAUUAUCUUAUUGUUGCUUACAACUUCUUGGCACGAAGUACUCAUGGACAAUAAACCUACCUGGAAAGCCGGGGAAUAUGACAUUGUCAUGAGGGGCUAAAUAAAAAUGGAUUGCUGCCAAUAACGAACAUUUUAUUCCAAGAAAACUAUUAGACAUGAAAUUUACUGUUAUGGAUAAGAUUGUAAGAUUUAGAAAAUCAGUAAAAAAAAAGCACACAGUGGCGUCUAAUGUGUCCUAAACUAAAUGAAAUCAAAGCUUUUUUUCAGGUCCACCAGACGCUUUAAAAACCAAGCGAAAAAAAAAAAAAAAAAAGAGAAGGAAAAAUUGUUUAUUUGGAUUUGUUAAUGUCAAUUAUAGUGAUCUAACGAGGGAAACUGGUUGUCCUUAUAUAAAACUAAAUUUAAGAACGUAUUGAGUGAGAAAGUAGCGAUGCAGACAUAUAAAUGGAAUUUCUUUACCAUCGAAAAUCAAGAAGUGGGAAAUUUGGGCAUGUCAGCUAAAAUAAUUGGGCUCCGCACCUAUGUCUAAAGUGCAUUGGAUAAUUUGUACACAAUUUCCCAUGCCAUGGAGUGCUUCUAAUCCAUUGCUCAGCAAUGUGUUACGAUGGAAAUAGAUAACUUUCGUUGUCUUAAAAUUUACUGGAGCUAUAACCGUGAGGGCACAAGGCAUAAUCUGCAGUUAGGCAUUCAUUUUUGUUAAUUCAUUUGAUGGUGGUUUGUGUGUUUUUCUUUUCAACAGACAACGGCUUGCUGAUAAAUAGACGAGUGAACGUAGAAACAGCUGUUGCCGACGGAACUGGGAGGGGGUGGUUCGUGGGAACUAUUAUAAAUUACAACAAGCAGACCAAGCAGUAUAAGAUUUCCUUCGAUGUUUUCGAUAGCACUCACAAUAUUGUUGUUCCGGGCGAUGAAAUUCCAUCGGAGGACAUUGAACUCUUGUAAAUCCCCUAUUUUUGUCCAGGCCUUGGUUCCUUAUAAAAGUUUGUUGUUAUAUAAGCAAAGUAUGGUUCUCUAGUGAAUAAAUAUUAAGUAAAUAAAUGAAAAACCCAAAAUUUAAAAAGAAUAUAUACUCAAAACAAUAUUAACCCUCUUCAGACUGGGCAUUUCUUGUUUCCUGCCACCGGGUUGAGGGGGGGGGGGGGGGACUCAUGCACUUUUUGCCCGUUCCACCAUUUACUAGUAAAUAGUGAACAAAUACUAGUAAAUGAAAAUCUCGCUAACAAGUCAAGCCUUUUUGGCCCGUUCCACCAUUUACUAGUAAAUAGAGUCAAGAUACUAGUAAAUGAAAAUCUCGCUAAAAGGUCAAACCUUUUUCGCCCAUUCCACAAUUUACUAGUAAAUGAGAAUUUCGCUAAAAAGUCACGACUUUUUCGUCCCUUCCACAAUUUACAAGUAAAUAGUGUGAAGAUACUAGUAAAUGAAAAUCUCGCUAAAAAGUCAUGCCCUUUUGGCCCGUUUUACCAUUUAUUGGUAAAUGUAAUUUAUAUACUAGUAAAGGAAAAUCUCGCUAAAAGGUCAAACCUUUUUCGCCCAUUCGCACAAUUUACUAGAAAAUGAAAAUCUCGCUAAUAAGUCAAGCCGUUUUGGCCCGUUCCACCAUUUACUAGUAAUUAGUGUCAAGAUACUAGUAAAUGAAAAUGUCGCUAAAUGGUCAAGCCUUUUUUGCCCAUUCCACCAUUUACUAGUAAAUAGUGUUAGGAUACUAAUAAAUGAGGACCUCCCCGUUUCACAAUUUACUAGUAAAUAGUGUGAAGAUACCAGUAAAUGAAAAUCUCGCUAAAAGGUCAAACCUUUUUGCCUAUCCACAAUUUAUAAUUACCAGUACAUAGUGUCAAGAUACUAGUAAAUGAAAAUCUCGCUAAGGUCAAACCUUUUUUGCCUAUUCCACAAUUUACUAGUACAUAGUGUCAAGAUACUAGUAAAUGAAAAUCUCGCUAAAAGGUCAAACCUUUUUCGCCCAUUCCACAAUUUACUAGUAAUUAGUAUCAAGAUACUAGUGAAUGAAAAUCUCGCUAAAAGGUCAAACCUGUUUUGCCCAUUCCACAAUUUACCAGUAAAUAGAGUCAAGAUACUAGUAAAUGAAAAUCUCGCUAAAAGGUCAAACCUUUUUCGCCCAUUCCACAAUUUACUAGUAAUUAGUAUCAAGAUACUAGUGAAUGAAAAUCUCGCUAAAAGGUCAAACCUGUUUUGCCCAUUCCACAAUUUACCAGUAAAUAGAGUCAAGAUACUAGUAAAUGAAAAUCUCGCUAAAAAGGUCAAACCUUUUUCGCCCAUUCCACCAUUUACUAGUAAAUAGAGUCAAGAUACUAGUAAAUGAAAAUCUCGCUAAAAGGUCAAACCUUUUUUUGCCUAUCCACAAUUUACCAGUACAUAGCGUCAAGAUACUAGUAAAUGAAAAUCUCGCUAAACGGUCAAACCUUUUUUCGCCCAUUCCACAAUUUACUGGUAAUUAGUAUCAAGAUACUAGUGAAUGAAAAUCUCGCUAAAAGGUCAAACCUGUUUUGCCCAUUCCACAAUUUACCAGUAAAUAGAGUCAAGAUACUAGUAAAUGAAAAUCUCGCUAAAAGGACAAACCUUUUUCGCCCAUUCCACCAUUUACUAGUAAAUAGAGUCAAGAUACUAGUAAAUGAAAAUCUCGCUAAAAGGUCAAACCUUUUUCGCCCAUUCCACAAUUUACUAGUACAUAGUGUCAAGAUACUAGUAAAUGAAAAUCUCGCUAAAAGGUCAAGCCUUUUCGCCCAUUCCACAAUUUACUAGCAAAUAGUGUGAAGAUACUAGUAAAUGAAAAUCUCGCUAAAAGGUCAAGCCUUUUUCGCCCAUUCCACCAUUUACUAGUAAUUAGUAUCAAGAUACUAGUAAAUGAAAAUGUCGCUAAAAGGUCAAACCUUUUUGCCUAUUCCACAAUUUACUAGUACAUAGUGUCAAGAUACCAGUAAAUGAAAAUCUCGCUAAAGGUCAAGCCCUUUUCGCCCGUUUUACCAUUUAUUAGUAAAUGUAAUUUAUAUACUAGUAAAUGAAAAUCUCGCUAAAAGGUCCAGCCUUUUUUGCCCAUUAAGAAAAUCAAUGAAAAAUAUUUUUUACUGUUAAAGAAUUUUGAAAGAAAAUUUUUUACUAGUACUAGUAAAGUUUUUUAAAAACUUAAAAAUAUGAAUUCCCGGUGGCUUUGAUUGCCGGCUAAAUUUCACAGUCAAAACAGUUGUCACGUUCAACUAGUAAAAGUCGGUUCGUAAACAAUCGUAGAAAGAAUGUUCAGCUAGUUUUUGUAACGAAUACGUUAAAUUUGAUCCUUCAAUUUACAUUGUUACUGAAGUAUAAACGUUUCUUAGCAAAAUUCUUGAAUAGAGGUUAUUUGAUUUGUUAAAUGACCAAAUAAAUAGAGGCAAGAAAACAGGUACAAGUCAUAAGCUUGUGGUAUCUCCUUCAGCGUCAACUCAUCGGGUAAGUGAAUCGGUAUACUAGAUUUUAAGUAGCACUUGAGAUUUUGAUAUGUUCUUGAUUUAGUACACAAUUAUAAGUCGCCACCCUAAAACUAAAUGGCCAAGGUUUCGUAAAACUUCAUCAUCGUUUUUUUCUCUGAGAAUAUAAAAAAAAAGAAAUAUAAAUUCGUGAACUCGUCAAUGAACUAAUUUUGUUUGAUUUUCCUGCUCGAUAUUUACCAUGAAGUCUUUGUUAAGUGGUAUGGUUGGUUGUUCUUUAGGCUAUUAAAUUAUUUUUAAGACAUGUAUAAUGUUUAGUUUUUUCGUACGUGAACGAUGAUAUUUUUGGUUCCCAACACCGAAUUCUACUAAUAGGCUUCCCUUUUUUUUGAGUUAAGAAUUAAGACGUUAAGAUUAAUUUUGCUAAGGCAUUGUCCUGCGAAAAACUCAUUUUAGAACGUUUUAACCCGUUCGCGAUCAAUGCAUUGGUUGUUCUUUUACCUUGGUAAAAAUCUUUGAUUCUUGGUUUCCAUGAGUCGUAAUCAAGAUUUUCAUCUAAAAAUCGUCAAUCCUUCUAAGAUUUUAGUUUCAGGUGAGAGCGUUUUAUCUUUCACCCUUUUAGAUGAGACAGUUUGUUUUGUGAUAGAGCACUUUUGAAAGGUACUAUGUAACGAGGAGUUGCUUUUUUAGGUCAAUUCUCUGCUGAAGACAUUUCCUAGUACCUUCACCCAUUCAGAAAAUGUGCCUGUAGGUCUAUGAAUACAAAUUUCAUCAGAGAGCACUAAUCGUAAUAAUCUUUCGUGGUGAAAUCUGAAGGCACAGCUGCGUUAAAACUUUGAAAACGGUGGUUGAUGUCUUGCAAAUUAUAAUUUUCACAAGUGCGACUAGCUCAGUUUGCAGAUUUUAAUAUGACAUUUUUUAUUUUGGUUUUCAGUUUCAAUUAAUACCAUUCUCUUGGCAAAGAAGAGUGAAAGAUGAAAAGCCUGUUUUUUAUCGUGGUUCUUAGUCUCCUGGCUGUGGGUUAUGCCAGGGACCAGGAAGCAGAACUUGCAAUCCGAGGUAUAAAGGUGAUCGUACUAAGAAGGGGUCCGAGGGCUACUCCCACGGUGAAAUUUUGAUGGUUAAGUGUUCGGAAAUGGCACGAAAUACUACUAACACUUUUUCUUUGAUAACUAACAGUAAUAUAAGUUUUAUACUUUUAGCUAUUUCAAUAUCCUGAGAGGAGGCUAAACAGUUCUAUUUUCACAUCGUCUCAUUCAAGGACUGGACAACGUUUUGACUUUUCAAGCUGCCUUGUCCCCGCCGCGUAUCGCCUUUCUCGCGUGGAGCGAUUUUCACGCGCGCUCGCGUUUCGCUCGCUCUACUAUCCCUGAGGAAAAAUGGGGACUACUCGUUUAUAUAAUCUACUCGUGAUCACUUUCUGGGGGAUAUUUGAGUUAAUAAGCCAUGAACUUCCUCCCGUAAGGAUCAGUUUACUGUUUUAAUUUCAAAAUUUGGUCAGUGAAGAAAAAAAGAGACAUAAAAAAAGAUUGUGUUCAUUAGAAACUUUGAUCGCCGGGAAUGAAGUGCCAAAAUGUCUCUGAGUAAUCAAUAAUUAAAAAGAGCUUCUGAAGUGGAAUGGUUCCGUCUCCUGAAAACGCUUUAAAAAUCGAAUAAAAAAUCUUGGCAGUAGGGAAACAUAAGGUACAACAACCCAAUCCGCCCCCCGGCCGACUCCUUCCCCCGGUCCACUCCUUUCCCCCCCCCAGCCUACCCGACUCCUUCCCCCCCCCCCCCCUUUCCCCCCUGGCCCACCCUCCCCCCAGCCCCUCCUUUUCCCCCAACCCACUCCUUCACCCCCCCGGCCUCCCCCGGCCCCUCCUGUCAAACUGUACGCGAAAGGGAUAAGACAUCAAUUUGUAUUUUAACAGGAAAUUCUUGUAAGAAUCAAGGAGGCAAGUGCGUCAAAGGUCAAUCCUGCCCAAACGGUUAUACAGCAUUGGGAUACUCCUGUGGGAAAGGGAAGAGGAACAAGAAAAAAACAUGCUGCUCAAGUGUGUAGUAAUAAUUAGCCUAAUAGUAUGUAAUAAUAAUUAGCCUAAUUUAAAUACUAUAUUAUAUUAGUAAUAAUUAGCCUGUGUAAUCAAAUAGCGACGAUUGAAAAUAGGAUGAAAUACACGCCGUUUUUUGUCCAACUUCUAAGAAUUUUUUUAGCCUUUAUAUACCUAUUCAUGUCAUGGGUAACAAAUUCAAGGCCUAAGUUUUGGCUUAAUGGCACUAUUCACUAACUUUUUCGAAAAAAUACCUGUUAGAAUUCUCGAUGCGCUGUUUCGUGUUUUUAGGUUUUCGAAAAAGAGUCUUUUAAAGGGCCCUGACAUCUUCACUCAUAACGGGUUUAAAACCUUGACGCCAUCUUGGCACUGAGACGUACUGAACGUCAUUGUAAUAGGGACCUUAAGAUCCGACGACGGCCACGGCAACGGAAACGCCACAAAAGCAAUAGGUUUAAUUAGCAAAACAACAAUUUUGCACGUGCAUCGCGCUUUUUUGUACAUUUCUUUGCCGUCACUGCACGACUAGGACGUGAAAAUGCCUCAUUUCACGAUGUACAGAGGAAGUACACAAUUGUAAGCGACGUCGAAAUUUCCUCUCUCUUUCUGAACUUGCGUAUGGUUCUUAGGAAUUCAUAUUUAGGAGGGUUCGCCUACAUUUGAAGUCUAUUUGACAAAGUUAGUUACUUGGAUUAAUCGCGAUGAAGAUUGAAAGAACGCGAUUUCACUUUUUCAGCGACGUUUUCUUUGCCGUCGCCGUCCUCGGAUCUUAAGGUCCCUAUUAUAGCAAUUUUGUACUCGGCUUCCGAUGUGAAAUUUUAUUUUCGCGCCAAAAUUAAGGAGUAAUUUGCCACCGAUGAUGUUGCCUUUUAUUUCCUUCAUUGUUUCCUUGAUUAAGACGCUUUUCAUUCCAAGUUUGAAGUUAUAAUAGAGUACAGUACACGUAUCACAAAUGAUAAGAAUACACAGAGCAGCAUAACGAAACUGGACCAUUAUUUUUGGAAUUCAAUUGGUGCGAAGACACGUUUUAGCUUUUAAAAAAGUUAGCAAUUAGGAUGGCAUAGUUUCUUAGCAAGAUAGUUAUAUGUUCGUGGGCGUACCUUGGCCUAGACCCAGACCUCGUUAUUGCACACCGGCCGAUUGAGACGUCAGCUAAAUGCAUUAACCGAGAGGGCCUGGAAAGACGCCGACAGGGACUAGGCAAAGCGUACGUAAUUAGUGUUUUGUAGCUAGACUUGAGACUUCCGGCCGCGCGGAAGGGCUGAGGUAAGCUUUCAGAAGACAUUUGAAAAGGUAUCGGAAGGACGGAGAACUAUGUAAGCCAACUGAUAUCCUUAUUUUCCAGCACAAUUCGCAGUAAUAUGUAAUGAAUUGAUAACUAUUCUAUCACAAGCAGUUUGAGCAGUUUCUCAGCUGCGAAAAAAGUGAAAAAUGCUUAUGACAAGGUUCGACGUUUUCCAAACUUUAUUUCAUUAGAAAGACUUACCACGAAAAUUAUGUUUUGUAUCUCGGUUUAGCUUGUCCACAGGGCUGGGUUGAAAACGGAAAUCAGUGCUACUUAGUACUCUCCGGAAAAAGGACGCAUUUGUGGGACUUUACCUAUGCAAGCAACUAG